UGCGACAUUUUAUUUGUUAGCUUUUCAAAAAGCGUUAGCUUUGCGUACAUAAAUUCAUUGAAUUGUGGAAACUACGGAAAGCGAAGAGAGCUGGAGAAAUAAAAAGCAACAGCUAUCAAUCAGAACUAUAGAGAACGGAACAAGAGCAACUACAAUAAGAGCGCAAACAAUCAGUUAUGAGAGAGAAAGACCACUCACCAAGAAAGAUGCUUCCUAGCCCAAAACAGGGCUGCGUAUACCCUGCCUUAGGAUUAAUACCCACAUCGUAUAUAUCACAUGUACCUUACGAUCUGUCCGCUGCCUCGAAUAUCGCGCUAAGCACAUCGGCCACAGCCGCAACAACCAGCACCACCACGGCCAGCACCACAGCUCGCCACCAUCAGCAGCAGUAUGGCAAGCUCUAUGAGAAGGCGAAGCGGCGCAGUUGCAGCUACGAUCAGCCCCUGGACCUGCGACUGGCGCACAAGCGGCACGAGGCUGGCGAGGCGCUGCUGGAGGAUGAGAACAGCAAUCUCAUUAUGUUCGCCAACGAGUUGGCGGCGCAGCAACAACAAGAGAAGGAGCUGAACAACAAUCAUAUAGCGGCCUCGUUGGCGGACAUUGGCUUCGAUAUGAGCAGAAAGAUGUUGCGGGCCCUGCGGGAGGGCACGAAGGCGACAACAACGCCGCCAACGGGGGCAGUGGCAGCAGCAGCGCCUCAGGUGGUGUCAGCGGUGCCUGCAGUUCCGCCGCCACCGCCACCUGCGCUGCACUCCACGCUGCUGGAGGCCAUGACGAAGACGCUGCCGCUGCAAUAUCGCAAUGUGUUUGCGACGCCCGCGGAUUUUGCGUUUCGUCAUCCGCUGAAGAAGACGCCGACGACUACGCAGUCGCCCAACGAUUUGUCCUGGCCGGGAGCUAGCGAAGCACUUACGCUGGAACUGUCUGCCAAUGUGACGCCCUCGUCGCAGCAGCAACAACAACAACAACAGCAACAGCAGGCGCAGGCUCAAGCACAGCCACAGGUUCAAAGCCAGCUCCAACUCCAGCCACAACAGCAGCAGAACCAACAACAACAACAGCAACAGUUCCAAACGCGGCAACAUGCACGCAAAGGCAAGCCAAGGAUCAGCAAUGUCGGGGGCAGCGGCGUGCCAACCAAUCCUAAUCCGAAUCGCAACAAGGAUCGCUACACCUGCAAGUUCUGUGGCAAAAUCUUCCCACGCUCCGCCAACCUGACGCGCCAUCUGCGCACCCACACUGGCGAGCAGCCCUACAAAUGCAAAUACUGCGAACGUUCCUUCAGCAUAUCCUCGAAUCUGCAGCGCCAUGUGCGCAACAUCCACAACAAGGAGCGGCCCUUCAAGUGCGAGAUCUGCGAGCGCUGCUUCGGCCAGCAGACGAACCUGGACAGGCAUCUCAAGAAGCACGAGAGCGAUGCCGUCUCGAUGAGUGCGCUCAGUGGCGUCAGCGAGCGAAUGCACUGCAUCCGACGCUUUUGCGAGAAUCCCACUGAGGAGUCCUACUUCGAGGAGAUUCGCACAUUCAUGGGAAAGGUCACGCAACAGCAGCAGCAACAACAACAACAGCAACAGCACCAACAGUCACUGCCUUUGCCCGCGAGCAGCGUUGCGCUGGCCACGACCACGCCUCGCUCUUCAGCCUCCUCGACAUGCUCGUCCACGCCCACAUCUUCGCACACGCCCACUCAGUCCGAGUCCUCGGAGACGCUCGCUCAGGAGCUGCGACGGCUGCAGCAAGAGCGCGCUGCCACGCCCCUCGACGAGGAGGAGGACAGCAAACCCAUACAGGAGCUGAAGAAAACACUCGCCGCCAAACUAUUUUGCAAUCCUACUCCAACAACGACAGCCACAACAACAACAAUAACUACACAGGCGCAGCAGUCCUAACCUAACAGCUUGUCCUCUCCUCCCCCAACUAUUCCUGUUACGAAACGUUUUUUCCUAUCGAGCGAAGGACAAAGACGAGAAACAACAACAAACUACUUGAGAAGCCUAAAAAAUUAUAGAUGUGCUAAAAAUAUGAAGAAGCAAACGAAGAGACGAUGAAGUUCGUUUAAUUUUUGUCCUUAACUAAGUAGCUGUAAAUAUUUGUAAUGUCUAUUGUAUAAAUCUUAAUUGUACUAUAAACGAUUGGCAUAUUGAAUACGUUUAA